AUGGUGUUCAGGUCCCCGCUAGAGCUUUAUCCCACCCAUUUCUUCUUGCCAAACUUCGCCGCCGACCCGCACCACCGCUCCCUCCUUCUCGCCAGCCUGCCGGUGGCACCGGGGGCAUGCGAGGCCAUCAACAAGCACGAGUCCAUCCUCCGCGCCCGGGCGGUGGUGGCCUUCCACACGGGCAACUUCCGAGACCUCUACCACAUCCUGGAGAACCACAAAUUCACCAAGGAGUCCCACGGCAAGUUGCAGGCCAUGUGGCUUGAAGCGCACUACCAGGAGGCCGAGAAGCUAAGGGGUCGCCCGCUGGGGCCGGUUGAUAAAUACAGGGUGAGGAAGAAGUUUCCGCUGCCCAGGACCAUUUGGGAUGGCGAGCAGAAGACGCACUGCUUCAAGGAGAGGACUCGCAGCCUCCUGAGGGAGUGGUACCUGCAGGACCCUUACCCCAACCCCAGCAAGAAAAGGGAACUGGCUCAGGCCACGGGGCUCACCCCCACGCAAGUAGGCAACUGGUUCAAAAACCGAAGGCAAAGAGACAGAGCAGCGGCGGCUAAAAACAGGUCAGUGGGGGGCUGCAGAGCUCCGAUCCGGGGCGGGGGGGAGAUGGGCGGCGGGAAUCCGCACCGCGGAGAAGGCCACGAACGGCCCGAGGCAGGGCCCGCCCCGUCGGGGUUCAUCUCCCCCGCCCCGCGGGCUUGGCUCAAGGCGCGGUUCCGCGCGGGGUCUCCCCACGGGCAGCCCCGGCAGCAUCUCUGCCCCGUCGUCAACACGAGAUGUGGCACUCGGCGUAAAUUCGGCCUCUCUUCAGGGGCCUCGUCGCUUCCCGGUGUCAAGGAACUUCACCUCGGUGGCCGGGUCGCCUCUGCGCCCCCCGGCUGCGGGCCCAGGACGCGGACCCCGCUGCUGACAGACUGGUUCCUCCCGGGAUUGGGGCUCCCUCACCCUCCGGGCAAAGCUAAGCAGAAGGCACGCUCUCGGCCUGCCACCUCCAAGCGCACAGAGCUGGGCAGGUGCGGAGUCCGACGCUUCGCCUACCAGAUGUAG